AUGGAUAAAGGCAAAUUAGCUAAAAUGGAAAUAGGAUUUCAUGAAGAGUGUGGCCCUCGUCCACAAAUGGAAGACGCUCAUUUAAUUAUUCCUGAUUUAAAUAAAAUGUUUAAAAUUAAAGGAGAUCAAAUGGCAUUAUUUGCUGUAUUUGAUGGGCAUGGAGGUAAAGAAGCUGCUAAAGUUGCUGAAGAAGUUUUUGCACAAAUUCUUGUCAAUGAAACAGAAUUUAAAGCUGGUAACUAUGAAAAAGCAUUAUACAAUGCAUUUUUAAAAACUGAUCAAGAAGUUCUUAAACGUUCAGAAGCUGAACAUUGGACUAAUGGAUGUACUGCAUGCGUUGUUCUUUUAGUUGGAAAACGAUUAUAUACAGCUAAUCUUGGAGAUGCUGAAGCAGUUCUUGGAAUUACUAAACCAAAAGAAAAAGGAUGUAAACCAGUUCCAUUAUCAACAAAACAUAAUCCAACGGAUGACGGAGAAAAAAAACGAAUUGAAGAGGCAGGUGGACAAGUUAUUUGUGGAAGAAUUAAUGGUAUUCUUGCUAUUUCACGAUCAUUUGGAGAUAUAGAAUUUAAAUAUCCAUAUAACAAAUCAAUGAAAGAUUUUGUUUCACCAAUUCCUGCUCUUCAAAUGACACCAAUUGGAAAACAUAAUCCAUUCCUUAUUUUAACUUGUGAUGGAUUGUAUGAGAAAAUGAAUUAUGAAGAACUUAUUACUCUUACUUAUGAAUCAAUUGAAAAACACAAGAAAAAAGAUUUUGAUGCUGUAGCUACUGAAAUGAUUACUGAGUCAUUAAAAAGAGGAUCAAUGGAUAAUCAUACUGCAAUUGUCGUCUUCUUUAAAUGGAAAUAA